UCAUGGGCCUGAAAGGGUUUCUUUUCAUCGUUUAAAGAAUUCAGUUGUUACCAUUUAAUACUGCGCUUUGAAGAAUGAUGUUUUCACACUGUACAAUUUUGUGGACAUUAUUUGCCGUCGUAGAUUCCCACUCGCCACUGACAGAAAAGAAGGCAGAAGAUGACAUUAUUGUGAAAAAAGAAAUUGUCAUUAACAAUCUACAGAACCAGAUAAACCAAGAAACGGUGAUAAGGCUUUCAUUGCUGAAACAAGUGUAUUCAUUGGUCAACGAUAUGAUAAACGUGAAAAAUGAAAUGGCAGCCAUGAAAACCAACGCAGCAGAAAUAAGAAAAAGUUACGAUGAUCUUCGAGAUGAAGAUAAAAAAAUGUUGAACGAAAUAGAACAAAUGAAACAUGACCACAACGAUACAUCCGUAAGUUUAAUGAAUGUACACCAUGAGUAUAAUAAAAAGUUGAGUGAAAUGGAACAGAUGAUGAAGAUAAACCAUAAUGACACAUCGAAGAAGAUAGUAAACGUACGGAAUGACUUACUCAAUGUCACUAAAUCUGUAGGACUUCUCCGUAAUUAUACUGACGAAAUCAAAGCUCAGUACGAUAUCCAAGAAAAAAGAAUGAAAAAAUUAUUUAAAAAACAGGAAAAAAUCCAAUCCAGUCUGGGUGACCUGCACAACGAGGAUAAGAAAAUACUUUCCGAAACGCAACGUAUGAUAGCAAACCAUAGUAAAAAUACAUAUGAAAAAAUUUGGAAGAUGAAGGAAGAUUUAGAACAAAACAUCACUUCUAUGAUCAACAAGUUGCCUUUGACAAAGCAAGAUUGCUUAGAAUCAAGCAACUGUUGGUUGCAGUAUAGUUUUGAGUAUGACGAUAGCUGGAAUGGAUGUGAAGAUGGAGCCCAGUACGUAAAGAAGACAAACUAUUCUUCUACACCUUAUCUCGGUGUGAUGACAUGCAGUUCUACAAGAUACAAGCUGUUUCUGAGCAAAACAUUAACUGGAAGAUUUUAUAACAUUGCUGAUCGAGCUGGUACUGGUGAUGAUCACUGUGAACUUCUGGGAACAACCCAAAGCGGUGUAUUGCCUAAAGACUAUGCGAAAUCACCAAACACACAAGGUUUCUAUCGAAGAAAUAGAGGAGAGGCUUUUUCUUUCGGAGCAAUAGGAUAUACACCAAAUCAGACCAGUAAUUGGUACGAAAAAUGGAUCGAGUGUGGUGUCAACAUAACAGGGAAUGACAGGGUCAUACCAGUGUAAACCUGGCUAGAAUCAAUCUUCUUAACGUCUUUAGACAGUACUGUUUUUUUUUAAGACAUAAUUGUGGUUUUAUUUAUUUCCACGUCUAUUUUGAAAGAAUCCUUGUAAGAUGUCUGAUGCUUUCAGGAUGUUUUUAACGUAUUAGAUAUUUAACAAUUACUUCUUUAUUUUUAAUUUUUUUUCUCUAAAUAUACAUCAAUCCUAUAAC